CUCUCCAACAGAUACUGGCGGGUGCCAUGGCUUCUCCUGCAUUGCCAAAAGGUCCACACUGCAAUCCCGCACCUGAAGGCCAAAACAGGAGCAGAGCAUCGUUGGUUGGAGCGGCAUUUCAGCGACCCAUACGUGAAGAAGGCCAGGCAGCGCAGCUAUCGUUGCCGCAGUGCCUUCAAACUAAUUGAAAUUGACGACAAGCACGGCAUCCUUCGUCCGGGGCUCCAUGUGGUGGACUGCGGCACGGCCCCUGGCGCUUGGGCCCAGGUUGCCGUCCAGAGAGUCAAUGCUGAAGGCUCCGAUCCAGACACACCUGUUGGUUUUGUCCUUGGGUUCGACCUGCUUCACAUUUCCCCCUUGGAGGGAGCUGUUUUUUUGCCUCAUUCCGAUCUCACAGAUCCGAGCACCCGGCAGAAAAUCCGGGAUUCGCUCCCCAAAGGGAAAGCAGACGUUGUCCUGAGCGACAUGGCGCCAAAUGCUACCGGGAUCCGAGAACUCGAUCACGACAGGUUAAUCCGGCUCUGCCUUUCCUUGUUGGAUCUCGCCCCACACAUUUUGCACCCUGGGGGGACCCUGCUGUGUAAGUUCUGGGAGUCCAAGGAGAGCCGCCUUCUCCAGAAGAGACUGACACAAGACUUCAAGGAAGUGAAGAGCAUAAAACCUCAGGCCAGCAGGAAAGAGUCAGCCGAGAUGUAUUACUUGGCAAAACUAUACAAAUCAAGAACAUAGCAGACAAAUAUUGAGUUCACAAUAAAAAGUUGGUAUCAAACA